GUGAACAUUAUGUAAUCUAAGACGCGUUCAGACUUAGAUUACUUCUCCCGUCUCUCGCCUCUCUCGUCUUCGACCUUCGUCGUCUCUCAUCCAAGCAUUCAUCGUUCUCGCGCAUAUACUCCUCAGUUCUUCGCUCUACAUCAUGUCUGGCCCCCCUGCUGGUAUCCCCUUCAUUCCCGCAGUCCCAGCUGGCCUUGGCAUACAGUCCGCUCCCGCUGCUCCCACCUCUGCUCCGGUAGCCGCAGCUGUUCCAAUCUCAUCUACCCCUGCCAACCCCACCAUUUCAGUCCCCGCUCCCCCUGUUUCGUCCGCUAAUACCACUCAGCCCCCACCUUCUUCGGUGGUUAUGCCCGCUAGCAAUGCUGGUAACCCCUCCCAGCAAAUUUUGGCCGCAUAUAUGCUGCUUCCCCCCUCAGACCAGCUCGCGCUAGACUCUUUGCUUGAGAACCACCGCAACUCCCCAACCUCAACUCAUUGGUCCAAGGUUCAACGUGCUCUCCCGUUUGAUCUUUCGGACAAUGCUCCCAUUUUCUCUCCGGACGGCACGCGCCUUCCCAUCCCCAAACUUAUUAACAACCUCGCCGAUGCCGGUUUCCAUGUACCUUUAACCCUUUUUUCCUAUGACGCUCUAUAUAAAUUACAGAACCAACCCCUCGCUGUUAAAACAGUCAAGGUUCACCAGAACGGUCAGAACGUUCAUAUUCUCGACGUCACCCAAUUUCCUCCUGAAGAGGAGAUGCUCCCUUUGGACUGGCAUUCAGCCUGGGAGCGCUAUAUCGAUUGGAUCGGCACUCGAGAGGGUCUCAUUGCAAAGCGCAUGUGGUCCUGCCACUUUUGCUUUCUCGCGCAUAUUCAUAAGUUCCGCGAGCGCUUCCCAGCCAUCCUUCAGUUCGACAUGGACGUUCGCUCCACUGCAGCAUCUGACCCUGACUUCUUCCUCACCACUGAGGAAUACAAAAAUAAAUAUCUCCACACACAAGUCAGCGUCCUCCAAGCCCCUCCUGCCCCCACUGUUCCUACAGACAAGUCUUCUUGUGGACACCGUUUUUCGCCUUACAACCGCAAAGUUCGUAAUGACUCCCCCGAUGAUUCCUUUCGGAACGGUCAGCGAAACUCUCCCACUUGCGUCAUUUGCCUCAGAUCAGGCCACAAAUACUCAUCCUGCAACGAAGAGACUACGCAGAAAGGUCAACAAACGUUUGCGAAAUCUCGAGAUGGAAAGCUUGUCCGUCGUGACAACAAUUCCCCACUGUGUUUCUUCUAUCAGCUUGCCAGGAAGCCCUGUCGCGACAACCAUCCUGACCAACAUCUCUGUGCCGCUUGUGGUUCCCGAGACCAUGGCGCCUCUAAUCACAACACUCGCAUUCAACUCCUUCCUCCAUGCAUGUAAAUUAUUUGAUCAAUAUCCGGAUUUGCCUUUCAAACUCACCCAUGGCUUCCCCAUUGGCAAUCUGCCUCCCCUUACCCAUUCUUACACCCCAUCCAACCACCAUAAUAUCGCUGAAUUUCACGACGCCAUCCGCACUUAUAUUCAU